GUCGGACCCGCAGACCCGCCAUGUCUGCUGCAGAGUGGACACCAUACAGAAAGCUGCUCCUCAAAUGUUUACACUAGUGUUUGAAUUGCUUCUCCCGCUGCUUUAAGCACCAUAACGUCAGUUCUCUUCCGGUUAUGUUAUACGAGAGUCGCUUCGUCGCUUGAGGAAAAUGACCGUGACCGGAGGAGAAACAUUGCAGUAACGGUCAGUGGCUGUGUUGCGUUCAGAGACGACGUUCUUAAAUUGGACACGGGAUGCUGCAGCUCGGGGAUGAAGUCACCCUGUAUUCGCUGCUCUUCGUGGCGCUCCUGCUGGGCACCCGGAGCCCGGUGUGGACCACCGCCCUCACCGCCUCCCUCUACCUCUUCAUGGCCCUGUUCCGGUUCCCCCAGGUGCCCUCCAGCCGAGCCCGCCAGGUGCUGCACCCGGCCACGGGAUGCGGGCGAGCGUCGGUGAUCGCACACCGCGGCGGAGGACACGACGCUCCGGAGAACACAAUAGCAGCGAUCCGGGAGGCCAGUAAGAACGGGGCAUGCGGUGUGGAGUUGGACCUGGAGUUCUCAGCUGACGGCGCACCGAUUCUGAUGCAUGACGACACGGUGGACCGAACCACCAACGGGUCGGGGCCACUCUCCCAGAUGAAACUCUCCGAUUUGGCUAAACUGGACGCGGCUGCUAAACAUCGACUCCAAGACAAGUUUUCUGGGGAGAAGAUUCCCACUCUGGAGGAGGCCGUGGAGGAAUGCAUCAGGCUGCAGCUCACCAUCUACUUUGAUGUCAAAGGUCAUCCCGACGAGGCGGCUGCAGCUCUGAAGAGUCUGUUUAAGAAACAUCCAGUUCUCUACAACAGCAGCAUCGUCUGCUCAUUUGAGCCCAAAGUCAUCUACAGGAUGAGGCAAAGCGACCCGGAGGUGGUGACGGCCCUGACCCACAGGCCGUGGAGCCUGAGCCGCUUCGGCGACGGCGCCCCGCGCUUCUCGUCUCCGUGGAAACAGCAGUGGAUGACGCUGAUGGACGUGCUGCUGGACUGGGCGCACCACCACGUGCUGUGGAGGCUGUGCGGCAUCUCAGCCUUCCUGAUACAGAAGAACUUUGUCUCACCGGACUACGUGCAGUACUGGGCCCAGAGGGGGGUGGAGGUCGUAGCCUGGACCGUCAACACCCGGCUGGAGAAGGAUUAUUACCAGGAGCUGCUGCAGGUCAACUACAUGACGGACAGCCUGCUGGAGGACUGCGAGCCUCAUUACUGAGAGACGCCCUGGAGGCAGAUCUCCAACACUUCCCUGAUCCUCAUUCAGGAGAGAUUUUCACUCAUUCAGGCAGUCGGCUGAGGGAGGAAGUUCAUAAGAUGAUUAGUGUUGCCAACUGUUGAAUAAUGAGUGAAUUCGCUCCAGUGUGGCAUUUUGAUACCUGUUAAUGAUAUGUGUCUGUUACAGGCCUGAAUCCACUGUACUGUAACUCACCACCUCAGGACAAGAGUGAUUUUAAUGAUUUUCUUAAUUUUGUCUUUAAUUUGUUUUGUGCUUUUUAGCUAAUUAAGCUUUGUUAAUAUUAAGGAAAAUGUGUGUAUAAAUAUAUAAUCAACAGAGAAGUAAAUUUAAGCAAUACAGCAAAGGAAUUAAAAAAAAAAAAUCACAUUAGUACCUGCAGAAUAGGACUGGAAUACACAUAAUCUUUUGUGUACUGUUAAUAUUGAUAAUGAAUUUUAUCAUAUACUUUAAAAAAUUACAAAUCACUCUGUUUUACUCUAUUCACGAUGUUAGACUUCACUGCAUCAGUUGAUCUGUUUUAUCCUUCAAGGCUUCCGUUGAAGUCUUCAUGAGAAGAUUUAAUAUUUACCCUGCUUCAGGAUGGCAGUGAAUGAAUGAUCCAGGUGGAGGAGGCUGAACGUUCAGCUGUUGUGCAAUAAUAGGACUGAAUUCAUGGUGGAAAUUAACUCUUUAAUUUCAACAGGCUGCAGACGUGUGAAAGAAGGUCAUAAUUACUGAGUAAACUGCAGAAGUGAAGCGACGCCUGUCGCUCGAAGGACUUUUUUUUUUUUAACUUGCUCCAGAUUCACCUCAUCUCAGAUAUUCAUUUCAGACAGAACUCACUCAACAACCGUCCUCAUGUGCUUUGAUGUUAAGUUGCCUUUUUAAUUGUAAUUUUCAAAUUGCAAUGAGUUUUAAAGUCAUAAAUGUUCACAAAAUAAAGAACAUUUGAUUUCUUGUAGCAGCUGGUGAGCGCGUGUUCCGGUGUUGAAUGUCUUUUUAGGGUGAACUUUGUGUUUUUCGUAAUUUUUAGCCAGACAUCAUAAUCAUGAACCAUUUCUUAAACAUUAACCCCUUCUAGUCUGCAUGCUGAUUGCCUGCAUAUUUGGUCUCUGUGGAAGCAGAGGGGCGGUUCGGAAGCGUCUGUGUUGAUCUGACAGGCUGUAACAUUAAUCCUCUGCGAUGGACUGUUUGACCUGGACUCUCUGGACCGACCCAGAUGGUGCAGAUGAAUGGGAGCCGUAGUGUUGGAUGUCACCCUGGAUAAGCCUGUCUGAGCCGUUUCUCGCCCCCUCUGAUCUGCUGCUAAACGCAGAUGUUGGACACACACCUGAUUCUCACCUCAGUCACUGAGUUUACAUGUUGUGACGACUCCUCAGAUCCAUGUUGUAGGAGU